CUGGAUAGAAUAGUACAAAGCUCUCUGAUCUUGCUUACAUUUCAAGAAAGAAGACAAAUCUUGCAAGAAAAGAAAGACAGCCCGAAAAGGGUAAAAGUUACAAAAAGAAAGUUCAGGUACUACUUGGCACUUUGCCAGAAACGACAUCACUCCAAGACCUCUUCUUCACGUCCGUUUUAGCCAACUCGAUAUCGUUUGGUGUCGUCUUCUUCUCACCUGUUUCAAUGCUGUCCCUCGUUUUCUCCUUAUAGCCGGUAAAAGUGAAAGGGUAAAAGAAGAAGAAAAACAAGAAACUCUACCGUGUAUAUUUACUGAGAGAAUAAUUAAGAAUAUGUUACGUUCAAUUUACAUGCAAAAACAACCCAUAUAUGUACAAGAGGUCGUCGUAGUUAUGACAAGACAACCUUUCACCUAAUUAUGAUGACAAGCCUAGCUGCGCUAAUUAAUGACAAAACGGAGCGAAGCAAACCCCCAACGGCCCCCAGACCAGACACGAAAACGACGCCACUUUCUCCCAACACGACUCCAUGCAGCUCCGUUCCCGAAUGCUAAUGAUCGUCGCCGCCGACACGUACGCCGACGCCGCGUGCUUCACCAGAUGGUUCCUGAUCGCGAUGCUUGCCGGGUCGAACUCGUACCCGUUCCCGUUCCCCUCGUGGUGAUGAUAAUUAGCUGCGCCCCACAGGUGGCUCGUCGGAGAUCCUCCCGAGAUUAUGUCCUUCAGGCUCGUGUAACGCAGCUCCACGUCGUCGUCGUCGUC